AUGGUUCACUAUCAGGGGGUCAAUUCCGUGAGUAUGCGGGCACUAUCACGUCACAGCACUAUGAUAGGUCACAAUUUUAUUCGUUUCAGUAGCAACGACAAGCGUGCACCCGAUCGUCGCAGCUUCGACUGGCUGGGGCGACGCUACCGCGCGUGUCCUGCCCACCCCCGCACUCACCUCGCACCACGGGCAAAUAGAAAUAAAGUACGCGCGGCAAGGAUAGAACGUGAAAGAAAAGGAUCUAGAGGCUUGGAUAAAUUAGAUGGACAUAUGUUAAAAUCACAAUGUUAUGAAUUUAUA